UUCUGCCUUCACUCCCCCAAUAAGCCUAAGAAACAAACAUACGAUGAUGAUGAGUACUGUCCGUAGGUUAGCGUUUCGAGUAAACCCAUUUUUGUUAGAACUAAGUUACUUCAUAGUCCUCUCCCUAAUAGGCUUCUUUGCUUUGAAGGUUUCCAAGCCAAGACCCAUCUCGUUUAAGCUCAAAGACUUGGACGUCUUCUUCACCGCCGUCUCCUCCGCCACCGUCUCCAGCAUGUCCACGGUGGAGAUGGAGGUUUUUUCCAACCUCCAGCUUGUUUUCAUGACCUUUUUGAUGUUCCUAGGUGGGGAGUGUUUCACAUCGUGGCUUGGGCUUCAUUUCUUCCAGUCCAAGGUUUCCACAACAGAAAGAGUUUUAGAGAAAAACAAGGUUAUUGUUAUUGAUCAUGUUGAGUUAGGUUUGGUCACAAAUAAUGAGUACCACAACGACCUAAACCCAGAAGAUAGUGCAAAGUCUAAUGUCCAAAUAGAAGUAGUGGAGGACAUUAAGUUAUUAGGGUGUGUACGAGUUUUAGCCCGUGUUGUCUUGUCUUAUAUCGUAGUUAUUCAUGUUGUUGGGUUUACCUUAGUAGCCAUGUACAUAGGAUUUGUUCCGACCGCAAAACAAGUGCUCAAACAAAAAGGGCUUGACCUCACAACCUUUGCGGUUUUUACAACCGUUUCCACGUUUUCAAAUUGUGGGUUUGUCCCCACAAACGAGAACAUGAUUGUUUUCAAGAGAAACCCUGGGCUCCUCCUCAUCCUCAUCCCACAAAUCUUGCUGGGCAACACCCUCUACCCUGCCUGCCUUAGGCUGGCCAUUUGGUUUCUAGGGAAAACCACGAGGAGAAUAGAGUUUAGGCAAAUCUUGGGCAGCCCAAAUGGGUUGGGUUAUGGCCACUUAUUCUCCGGCCGGCGGUCCGGGUUCUUGGCGGCCACCGUUUUUGGGCUAAUCUUUCUGCAGUUGACGGUGUUUUUGGCGUUGGAGUGGCGGUCGGACGCCAUUGCUGGUCUCACUGGUUAUGAGAAGGUGGUGGGGUCGUUGUUUGUGGUUGUGAAUUCCCGGCACACCGGAGAAUCGAUCCUGGAUCUCUCUCUCCUUGCUCCCGCCGUCUUGGCGUUGAUUGUCGUCAUGAUGUAUCUUCCACCGGAUACAACAUUUUUUCCCAUUAUGGAUGAAAAUAACAAUUCAAAAACAAAAGGAUGUAGCCCAAAAAAAUUUAAUAUUAUUGAAAAAAUAUUGUUAUCACCGUUGGGCAAUUUGUCCAUCUUCAUAAUCCUCAUUUGCAUCACAGAAAGAGAGAAAAUGAAGGAAGACCCUCUCAACUUCAACGUCCUCAACAUUGUUGUUGAAGUCAUCAGUGCAUAUGGGAACGUGGGGUUUUCCACUGGAUACAGUUGUGCGAGACAAAUAAAACCCGAGGGGCAAUGCAAAGAUAAACAGUUUGGGUUUGUUGGAAGAUGGAGUAAUAUGGGAAAGUUUAUUCUUAUAAUUGUGAUGUUUUUUGGAAGGCUUAAGAAGUAUCACAUGAAAGGUGGCAAAGCAUGGAAAUUAUCAUAAGUUCUCACACUUAUCAUGUCCAUGUGUAAGUAGUGCGAUCCACAUCCACUGAUAUGAUGUUACUUGAUCUAUAUGCAUAUGCAUGGGAGUUGUUAUACCAUGGAUCAGGUUCCACCUUUUAAGGUGGAGAUGGGGUAGACCUUGGUCUUAAACGAUUAUAAAUUGUGUAUUUUUAGUAUUGAAAUUGUAAACUUCUAAAAUAUAAAUUGUGUCUUUAAGUC